AAUGUAUAUAUGCUCUAGUUUUGUAAGUAUUUCGGCUUUCCUUGUCUAUAUAUAUGGAGGAAGAAUGUAUCAAAGUGAUCUUGUACUGAGUCCAAGCCUAUAGAUGGAGCAAUGCAAAUGCCUUGAACCAGUGUUGGUUACCAAAAGCGAGGCUAUGAUUUGGUGAAGGAGAAGUUUUUUUUUUUGCUGUGGAUUGUAACAAAGAGUUAAAGGAGGAAAAUCUCUUAAGCCAGUCUCUUGCAGUCUAAAUGGGGGUCUGUUGUAGCAAGGGCACAGGGAUAAUUGUGGAGAAUGGCACGGAUGAUAAUAAUCAAUAUGGAGAUGGGGAGGCUGAGGUUAGGGAUACAAAUGAUGGAGCCAUUAUAAGGUCGCGUGGAUCAUCCAAACAUGUUUCCAUGGCAAUCAAACAAGGAAAGAAAGGGAUAAAUCAAGACGCCAUGACAGUCUGGGAGAAAUUUGGUGGGGAGGAAGAUAUGAUCUUUUGCGGUGUAUUUGACGGUCACGGUCCCAUGGGUCACAAGAUUUCUCGUCAAGUAUGUGAAAAUUUACCUUCGAGGGUCCAUUCGAAAAUUAGAUCUUCCAAAUCUGGUGGGGAAAACAUUGAGAACAAUAGUUCACAGAGUCAGGAGGAACUCUUCCGUGAGUUCGAGGAAAUUCUAGUGACAUUUUUCAAGCAAGUAGACAGCGAACUUGGUCUUGACUCCCCAUAUGAUAGUUUUUGCAGUGGUACAACUGCUGUCACCGUCUUUAAGCAGGGUGACUGUUUGAUGAUCGCCAAUUUGGGAGAUUCACGAGCUGUUCUUGGCACCCGAAGCAAGAACAGUUUCAAAGCCGUCCAGCUCACGGUUGAUCUGAAACCAUGUGUCCAACGCGAAGCAGAGAGAAUAGUGUCAUGCAAGGGAAGGGUGUUUGCUAUGGAGGAGGAACCCGAUGUUUAUAGAGUGUGGAUGCCUGAUGAUGAUUGCCCGGGGCUAGCAAUGUCAAGGGCUUUUGGUGAUUUCUGCCUCAAAGACUAUGGACUUGUUUGCAUUCCUGAGGUCUUUUGCAGAAAAGUUGGUAGAGAAGACGAGUUUGUGGUUCUAGCUACCGAUGGGAUUUGGGAUGUUUUGUCAAACGAAGAAGUGGUGAAAAUUGUAGGUUCUUGUAAGGACCGGUCAACGGCAGCUGAGACGUUGGUUCAGCGAGCUGCUCGGACUUGGAGAACAAAGUUUCCAGCCUCUAAAGCUGAUGACUGUGCAGUGGUGGUGCUUUACCUAAAGCACCGGCCUUACCCAAGAGAAGGAAACGUGAGCCGAGCAAUGUCGACUAUUUCCUGGAGAUCAAGUAAGAGCAAUAACGAGUGUUAUGGAGUCGCACCAUGGUCACAGAUGGGUCUAUCUCAGAGGGUUUCAUAGUAGGACCAUUGUAUUUGUUAUUGUUGUUCUUUCUAAUUGUUUAGUAAAAUCUGAACCUGUUGAGUGAGUCGAUGCUGCUCAACAUCAACUUUGUUUGUGCGUUAAAAAAAAAUUGGAUUCGAGUCCUAA